AUGCAGUAUCUACCGAAACGGUUCUUUCAAUUUCUUUUAUUCAUCGUUUGGAGUUUAACAUUAAUCUAUCUGCUCUCUCUUUCGAUUGUAACCUUGAUUCUUUUAAAUAUUUGUCUGUUCGUUUUCCUCUUCUGGUUGAUUUUAACAUUAAUUGGAUGGUCGAUUGGUUUUAUCCCAAUUUUAACAUUUGUUUUCAUUCCAUGGUAUCGUCGUCAUUGUCGCUUAUGGACAUUGAAAGAAAAACAAAGCCGUUUGAGUGUAGCGUUUUUUCAUCCAUAUUGUGAUAAUGAUCACGAUCAAGAACAAGUUCUAUGGUAUGCGAUACAAUCGAUACUGAGAAAAUACAAACACGAUGUCCAAAUCCUUGUUUACACCGGCAAUCGACAAGUUCAAUCGAAAGACGAAGUCUUUCAACGCAUAAAACGAUAUUUUGAUAUCGAUCUUAAAAGUUCGAAAUCGUCCAUUGAAUUCAUUCCUCUCCGCAGUCGGUUUCUUCUUGAGAAGAAAUAUUACAAAAUAUGUACUUUGCUAGGACAAAGUAUUGGUUCGAUUAUUGUCAGUUUGGAAGCAUUGAUUCGUUUCAUACCUGACAUUUUUAUCGAUACAGCAGGUUACAGUUUCACUUAUCUAUGUUUUCAUUAUCUGGCUUCGAUUCCAAUUAUAUCUUAUGUCCAUUCUCCGGCCAUUACUAGUCAUUUAAUUCAAUCAACGAACGACCACGACGACUAUGGCAAAGAUAAUUCAAUCUUGUAUCAAAUCGAAUUAUUUUAUUAUCAAUUGAUUACCUAUGUCGAUCGAUGGUGUAUUAGAUGCGCAAAAGUUAUUUACUGUAAUUCAUCGUGGACAAAAAAGUAUUUAGAAUUGACUUCAGCGCAUGUUCUCUAUCCGCCAUGUGACAUCGAACAAUUUCCCGAUGUGAUCGUAACUGAUAGAGAUCCAGUUUUUGUUUCGAUCGGACGAUUCCAGAAGGAAACUCAACAUGAAUUACAAAUUCGAACGUUCAAUGAGCUUUUGCAAAGAAAAUCUAAAGACUAUCCAAAACUGAAAUUGGUAUUGAUCGGUUAUAGCAAACGCGACGAAGAGAAAGCUUAUCUUGAACAAUUACAACUCCUCGUCGAAGAUUUAAACAUUCAAGAUAAAGUCGUAUUCAAGGUUAAUAUCAGUUUUAACGAAACGAAAGCCGAACUUGCCCAAGCAAUGGUUGGCUUACAUACGAGAAAAGAUCAAGCAUUUGACAUUAAUCUGGUUCGCAUGAUGGCUGCUGGCUUGAUAGUUCUCGGCCAUCAAUCUGGCGGUACACAAAUGGACAUCAUUGAUGACGAACAAACAGGUUUUCUCGCAUGUGAUGUUGACUCCUAUGUUACGAAUAUGGAAAAACUCAUGGAAAUGACUAAUGAUGAACGAUGUGAUAUUCAUAACCAUGUUCGUGAGAGAAUUGAUCGAUUUAAUCGAUUGAAUUUCGAACGAUUCUUUACCGAACUAUUUGAUAAGAUUUUUUAUGUAAAAUAA